AAUGAGAGUAUCUACUGCACAAACAGUCUGACUCUCGAAUUCAAUUUGAGUUUUGUAUAACUUGGAAAGCGUGCCAUUAUCUCAGUGUGUAAAUAUCACACCAUAUAUAGUUAGUAACAUAGUUAAAGAAGGUCUAUUUUUUGUUGUUGUUGUUGGUUGUUUCUGAUAUCUUAAUUAACGAGAGAUGGAAGAUGAUCAAGCUGCCUCAAAAACCCUCCACCGGACUGGGACUGUAUGGACAGCAAGUGCCCACAUAAUUACUGCUGUGAUGGGGUCUGGAGUUCUGUCUUUGGCUUGGGCAGUAGCUCAGCUGGGAUGGAUUCUUGGUCCAGCCGCCAUUUUGUUGUUCUCUUUACUCACUAACUACACUCUUCAUGUUGCCUGUAAACGUUGUCGUGACCCUGACACCGGACAGAGAAGUUCUACUUACAUGGAUGCUGUUCGAUCAACUCUCGGUGAGUCCAGAGCCAGGCUUUGUGGUUGGGUUCAGUACCUUAACCAUUUUGGAUUAUGUAUUGGGUAUACUAUAAUAUCGGCAACUAGCAUGAUGGCUAUCAAAAGGUCUGACUGCUUCCACAAGAGUGGUAGCAAGAAUCCAUGCCAUAUGCACAACUACCCUUAUAUGAUUGCAUUUGGAAUUGCGGAAAUCAUUUUCUCUCAGAUUCUUGACUUCCAUCAGCUGGGGUGGCUGUUCAUUGUUGCUGCAGUCAUGUCCGUCACUUACUCCACAAUUGUACUUGGUCUUGGAUUUGCUCAAGUUGCAGAAAAUGGAAAAAUCAUGGGAAGUCUAACCGGAAUAAGCAUUGUCACUGUGUCUCCAACCCAGAAGGUAUGGAAGACUUUCAGUGCUCUUGGAGACAUUGCUUUUGCUUACUCUUAUUCCCUCGUCAUUAUUGAAAUUCAGGAUACCAUUAGAUCACCAUCAGAAUUCAAGACAAUGAAGAAAGCAUCUCUAAUCAGUGUUACAGUGGCUACCCUGUUCUACAUGCUCUGUGGCUGUAUGGGUUAUGCUGCAUUUGGAGACUCAACCCCUGGAAACCUCCUCACUGGUUUUGGCCUCUAUAACCCAUCAUGGCUCCUUGACAUAGCCAAUGUCGCUACUGUCAUCCUCCUUGUUGGUGCUUAUCAAGUCUAUUGCCAACCUCUUUUCGCCUUCAUUGAGAAACAGGCGGCGGAAAGAUACCCAGAUUGGGAAUUCGUCACCGAAGAAAUGGAGAUCCCUAUCCCGGGUUUUCACCCUUACAAUCUGAACCUCUUUAGGUUGGUUUGGAGGACACUUUUUGUAAUCACCACUACUACCAUCUCCAUUCUUCUUCCCUACUUCAACCACGUGGUUGGACUCUUCCUUGCUGUGGGAUUCUGGCCCCUCACAAUUUACUUCCCAGUGCAGAUGUAUAUCAAACGAAAGAAAAUUCUAAAGCGGAGCAUAAAAUGGUUCUGCCUCCAAGUCCUGAGCAUUUCCUGCUUUAUUAUCACCAUUGCAACAGCUGCUGGCUCUAUUGUAGGAAUUUUUGUUGAUCUUAAGUCAUAUUAGUCUUGAUCAUUAGGGUAUAGGGUUUCUUGUUAAUGUCUCUUCAAGCACUUAAGUUUUUUUAUUGGAUUUUGUAUGGAGAACAAAUUAACUAAGACUAAGGAGUUGUGGCCGCCCCAAAAAGAGAAAAAAGAGUUGUGGCUUAGUUGGCAAAUAAAUUUGCUCUUCACUU